AUGGAGGUUAUUAUUCAAAAAUUUGUUGCUCCUGUGUUUGAAGCAUACCCACAAUUACAUGACUAUGUUCCUACUAUAGAACAUCCUUUUUUCAAUAUUAAUCUAUGGGAUAAUUUUGAUAAAAUUUCUACUUGUUUGACCAGAGGUAAAUUUAUUCCAAGUCAAUUUGAAUUUAUUCAAGGGCAACUGCCUUUAAGUGAUUUGCGUAGUGUCACAAUCGCCAUUGCUUUAUAUUAUAUCAUUAUCUUUGGUGGUAGAGCACUAUUAAAGCCUUUUCAACCAUUUAAACUUAAUUGUCUUUUCCAAAUUCAUAAUUUAUAUUUAACUUUUAUUUCUUUUAUUAUUCUAAUUUUAAUGAUUGAACAAUUAGUUCCGAUGAUUGCCAAAUAUGGUCUUUAUUACAGUAUUUGUAAUAUUGGUGCAUGGACACAACCAAUGGUUACUUUAUACUAUAUGAACUAUAUUGUAAAGUAUAUCGAAUUCAUUGACACAUUCUUUUUGGUUCUAAAGCAUAAAAAAUUGACCUUUUUACAUACAUAUCACCAUGGUGCUACUGCCUUAUUAUGUUACACACAAUUAAUUGGUACUACCUCUAUCUCAUGGGUAGUAAUAUCGUUGAAUUUAGGCGUUCAUGUCAUUAUGUAUUGGUACUAUUUCUUAGCUGCAAGAGGUAUUAGAGUUUGGUGGAAAGAAUGGGUUACAAGAUUUCAAAUCAUUCAAUUUAUUCUUGAUAUUGGAUUUAUCUAUUUUGCUUGUUACCAAAAAGUAGUCCACAAUUUUGCACCAUUCUUACCACAUUGUGGUGACUGUGUUGGCUCUGCUUCAGCUACUUCAUCUGGGUUCUUCAUUGUUUCAUCCUAUUUAGUACUAUUCAUCAGUUUUUACAUCAACGUUUACAAGCGUAAAGGUACCAAGACUAGUAGGGUUAUUAAACGUGCUCAUGGCGGUGUUGCUGCUAAAGUUAAUGAGUAUGUUAACGUUGAUUUAAGCGAAGUUCCAACUCCAUCUCCAUCUCCAGCUAGAAGAAGAAAGUAA